GGCGUGGGUGGGCCCACGGGACCUUUCGUCCAGCAUCUCCGAGCUCAGAGCUGCGGUGGCUGCGGGAAGCUGCGGCGUCGACGGGAACGGAGGGAGAGCUGAGCCUGGCAGUGGGGAUUGAACCCAGUGCCUUGUGCAUGCCAGGUUUAUGAUCAGCACUGCCUCCAGCCACAGACAGUCUGUAUCUGUGCUCUAGUCACUUGGUGACAAGGACUGUGGUGAAAGUCAACCUGACCACUGACUGUUGAUAGAGAGCCCCUGAGGACAAACAUGCGGAGUGCAGCCAAGCCCUGGAGCCCAGUCCUCAAGAGAGCUAGUAGUGAGGACAUGCUCAACAAGUCUGGAAGUACAUCCUCAUCAGGGAUGGUGCGACUGAAAAAGACUUCAACAGCUGGAGCCAUCUCUGAGCUCACCGAGAGCCGCCUGAGGACCACUGCAGUGGCUGUUCCAACAACCAAACGGACAGGCAUCCCAACUCCCCGGGAACUCUCAGUAACUGUCUCAAGAGAGAGGUCUGUGGCACGAGGUCCCUCCAACCCAAGGAAAUCAGGGUCCAGUCCAACUUCCUCCUGCACUCACACCCCUACUAAGCACCUGAGGACCACUUCUACAAAACUAAAGCAAGAGAACGAAGCAGGAGAGAAGGCUGUGCUUGAAUCCCGAGUUCGGGAACUUAUAGCAGAAGCCAAAACCAAAGAUAAUGAAAUCAACAGGCUUCGAAGCGAACUAAAGAAAUGCAAGGAAAGAAGGGCCCUGAGCACCGAGGGGACUGAUGCUUCAGAUCAAAGUUCAGAUGGAACAUCAGUUCCACCAGGAAACACAGAACCUUUGAUAAGAACCCUUGAAGAGAAGAACAAGACCUUUCAGAAAGAGCUUGCUGACCUAGAAGAAGAUAACCAGAUCUUGAAGGAAAAACUGACUUACCUUGAGGAUUCACCAAAUUCAGAAGGGGCAGCAAGUCACACUGGUGAUAGCAGCUGCCCAACAUCUAUAACUCAAGAGUCAAGCUUUGGAAGCCCAACCAGAAAUGAACUGUCAAGUGAAAUUGAUGAGUAUAAGAAAAACACAUAUGGAAAUAUGUUACGGACAUCCGGUUCUUCAAGCAGUGAUGUUACCAAAGCUUCUUUGUCACCAGAUGCCUCAGAUUUUGAGCAUAUCAUCACUGAUACCCCGUCUCGGCCCCUGUCCUCCACCAGCAACCCUUUUAAGAACUCCAAGUUUUCAACCACUGGGAAUUCUCCAAACAAUGCAAGUGAGCUGUCCCUUGCUUCCCUUACAGAAAAGAUACAGAAGAUGGAAGAGAAUCACCACAGCACUGCAGAGGAGCUACAGGCCACUCUACAAGAGUUAUCAGAUCAGCAACAAAUGGUGCAGGAACUGACAGCUGAGAAUGAGAAGCUAGUGGAUGAGAAAACUAUUUUAGAAACGUCCUUCCACCAGCAUCGAGAGAGGGCAGAGCAGCUAAGUCAAGAAAACGAGAAACUGAUAAACCUUUUACAAGAGCGAGUGAAGAAUGAUGAGCCCAGUGCCCAAGAAGGGAAAAUCCUUGAGCUAGAGCAGAAAUGCACAGAUAUUCUUGAGAAAAGCCGCUUUGAAAGAGAAAAGCUGCUCAACAUUCAGCAGCAGUUGACCUGUGGCUUACGGAAGGUUGAAGAAGAAAACCAAGGAGCUUUGGACAUGAUCAAGCACCUGAAAGAAGAAAAUGAAAAACUGAAUGGCUUCCUAGAACUAGAACGGUGUAAUAAUAAUGUGAUGACCAAAACUUUGGAAGAAUGUAGAGUUACCUUGGAAGGCUUGAAGAUGGAGAAUGGGUCUUUGAAGGCUCACCUGGAAGGUGAGAAACAAAAAGCCAUGGAGACCAGUAGUUUCUUGGGGCAAACAGCGGAGAACUGUGAACUUCAGGAAAUGUUGAAAGUAGCUAGAGCUGAGAAAGAUCAGCUGGAACUUUCUUGCACUGAGCUCAGACAAGAAUUGCUAAAAGCAAAUGGUGAAAUUAAACACAUUUCAAGCCUGCUAGCUAAGAUGGAAAAAGAUUAUUCUUACCUGAAGGAGAUAUGUGAUCAUCAAGCAGAACAGCUGAGCAGAACCAGCCUAAAACUACAAGAGAAAGCAUCAGAGAGUGAUGCAGAGAUUAAAGACAUGAAAGAAACCAUAUUUGAAUUGGAAGAUCAGGUGGAACAGCACCGGGCUGUCAAGUUACACAACAAUCAGCUCAUUAGUGAGCUAGAGAGCAGUGUGAUCAAGCUGGAAGAGCAGAAGUCAGACCUGGAACGGCAGCUAAAGACCCUGACAAAACAGAUAAAGGAGGAGACUGAGGAAUGGAGGCGGUUCCAGGCAGACCUACAGACUGCAGUGGUGGUGGCCAAUGACAUCAAAUGUGAAGCCCAGCAGGAGCUACGCACUGUGAAGAGGAGGCUGUUGGAAGAGGAGGAGAAGAAUGCCAGGCUACAGAAGGAGCUAGGGGACAUGCAGGGCCACAGCAGACCUGUGAAUGAAGAGCCUGAGCCCUUAGAGGUCAACACUGCUGGCCGGUGGCAUGGUGUCUAUGUCAACAGAACGUCUCCAGCACCUUCAGAGUCUGCAACCACUGUUAAGUCACUGAUCAAGUCUUUUGACUUGGGACGCCCAGGUGGAACUGGACAGAAUAUUUCCAUCCAUAAGGCCCCCAGAAGUCCUCUAAGUGGAAUACCAGUGAGGACCACUCCAGCCGCUGCUGUGUCUCCCAUGCAGAGGCAUUCAACUUACAGCAGCCUUCGGCCAACCAGCAAAGGGAUGACUCAGCGCUUGGAUAUCCCAGACCUCCCCCUCUCAGGUGACUAUGUCUUUGCUACAGAUCUUCUGAAGGGGAGAACUGAGGACCUGAAGCCAGACCCUUAUCUCCGAAAGAGUCCUUCACUGGAGUCACUGAGCAGACCCCCCUCCCUGGGCUUUGGGAGCACCAGACUACUGAGUGCCUCCACUGGGGGGUUGAAACCACCAAGCAAACUCAGUGUGGAAAGAAGAGACCCUCUGGCAGCCUUAGCCCGGGAAUAUGGUGGCUCCAAACGCAAUGCACUACUGAAAUGGUGCCAGAAGAAGACAGAAGGUUAUGCGAACAUUGACAUCACCAAUUUCAGCAGUAGUUGGAGUGAUGGCCUGGCCUUCUGUGCUCUGCUCCACACCUACCUGCCUGCCCACAUCCCGUACCAGGAAUUGAACAGUCAGGAAAAAAAGAGGAAUCUGUUGUUGGCAUUUGAAGCAGCGGAAAGUGUAGGCAUCAAACCCAGCCUGGAGCUCAGUGAGAUGCUAUACACAGACCGGCCUGACUGGCAGAGUGUGAUGCAGUAUGUGGCCCAGAUCUACAAGUACUUUGAGACAUAAACCCAAGGGCCUGAAAUCAGCCACUGCAGUGUGUCCUGGAAGCACCUGGUCACUGUCCAGUGACCCAGCUCUGCCCAGCCAUCUGGAUUUCCAAGGAAGCCAAAUGGAUCAACACUCAAAUAAGAAACAGAGGCGGUUCCACCGUGUCCCUGUCUCAAAUGCAAGUGCCAUUGGAGUAUAAGUUGGGGAACCUUUGCUGUUCUGGAAGGCUCUGCAGAAGAUGCCUCCCUCCUUCUAGACCAAGAUCCUCUGCCCAAGCACAUUUCUGUGAGAAACCCACAACAAUAUCGCCAAUCCCAUUUGGUGACUUGAUGCGUAAUCUGCACAGAGAUUCAUGACAAACAGUACCUCCAAACUAGUCUUUUUGUUUUUUCACUUAAAAAAUUGUAGUUCUUGCCUUUAUAAAAACUUUGCCCUUGCCACUCCCCCCCUCCCAAAGAGAAAACCCAAUACCCCACAAAACACAAAAAAUCUUUUACUUGGAGCAGCCUAGAAACAUGUUGGCCUUGCCAUUUGGGGGAAAUACGAUCAAGUUCAAGGUAGCAAUUUUAACACCUAGAACUUGAUCACAUUUUUUGGUCCCACAAUCUCUUAUCUGGAUGUGCAGAGGAGCCCCAGGUUCCUUGCUGAAGGGUCCCUGUGAGAUGCCCUCAGCAGGAAGUGUGUGCAGUGUGUGGUUCACAGGCCAGAGGGAAACCACAGGAACUGUCUGCAGUGACUUUUCUCCUUCCACUUAUUCAGACCCCCAUUGACACCCACAUACAUUUGUUCCACAUGCAGAACUUGACCAAAGGCCACUUGUGUGUAUGAAAUGGCCUGUGUCUGUUGUGAUCUUCACUCAUUUGCACAAUGCCCUGUGAUGGAAGCCUGGGAAAGGUGAAGGAUGUAUAUCUUGGGAUUCUGGGCAAACAGAAAAUCUAAACAAUAUUUCAGCUCUAGACAAAUUUAGUUUUUGGUACUUCGUUUGGCUUUUUAUAUUUGCAUGGCAAAAAGAAGCCCUUAAGGGUGGACAAGGAUGGCUCCAUUUAUAACUCAACACAGCUUUCCCUAAUAUUCUUACCAGUUUCUCUAAGUAGCAGCAGGACCUUCCCCACAGUGCUUGGCCCAGGUGUCUGGUGCCUCUGUAUUAUUCUUCUUGGGCAAAGAAAUGUGCAUUUGUAGCAGAUGAGGAUGCCAGCCACACAGGCAGUUGAAGUAUAUGUCCACCACCUGUAUUUUAAGUGCCAAAUAACACUUGUGUUCAUGCCUGACAAAGGGUCAUGUGUACAAGUCGCUUAGAUUUACAGUUACUGCCAAAAUUAUUUAAAAUGAAUCUCUGAUUGCUGAUCUGAGCCACAUGUUCAGAGCCAGGUUCUAGGGGCUGCAGCUUCAGUCCCUGUGCUGGGAGCCACAUGGCCUCUGUCCUCUCCUCCAGGCUAGCUCUUUGCAGAGGUGGCAGCUGGGCCCUGCUGGGCAGGCCAGCCCUGAUUCUCAAGCUGCUUCAACUGGUGCAGAGCUAGAGCCUCUGCUUCCCAGCUGUGUCUGUCAUUUUCAGCUAUGGCUCAGUGUCUGAAUCCCCUGAGGUGCUUCUAGAAACCACACGUCUGACCUGCCCAAUCAUGUGAGUCUGAGUAUCUGGAACAAGAGUCAGAUGUACUCUAAACAAUCUGUACAUGGUCAGAGUUCUCUGGACACUGAUGCACAGCCACAGAGCGGAGAGACUGUGCCUUUCCUGGGCAGCCCUGUGGCAUUAGAGUAGCAGGACUCCUGAGCAGCUCUUUUGGGACCAGUAUUAAUUACAUAACUGGCCUCUUUGUUUUCACAUAGAAGGCUCAGUUGGAACAAAUGUAGUUUGUUCCUUCCUGAUGAAUGUAUCCAAAUGAGAGUAUUACUUGUGUUGCUUCCUGUACCUGUCUUUUGUUGACAUAACUGAUGCUAUGUCUUCACUGUCUCCAGGCUUCUACUUUGCCCAGAUAGGAAGAAGUACUGUCCCAAGCCACUGGGUUAAUCAACCAGUGGUUGUGUUUAAACUGGGAUUACCCUAAGGCAGUGAUGGCAAUCCUUUUAGAGACCAAGUCCCCAAACUGCGUCCCCAAACCCAUUUAUUUAUCACAAAGUGCCAACUGCAGUUAAACCUGAAUACUGAGGUUUUCAUUUUUUUAAAAUACAAGUCAUACAUUAAUAUCUUUUGUCUUAAAAACACAAUCACGUGUGCCGUAGAACAUAGGUUCACCACCUUUGUGCUAGAGUUUUGUGUGAGUGAGGCAGUUGAGGUCUGGGGAUUCCCCGAGACAUAUUUAGCUUGGUUGAUGCUGGUUUUCUGUGGUGACAUGUAAAGGAUCUAGAUGGAGCUGUGGGAAAAGUGGUCUCUAUGCUGGACGCAGUUUCCCUCAGGCACCCACCCCUCUCUAGUAUGAACCCACAUUGCCAAUAACUGGCCAGACCCAUCCCUCCUUACUGGUACCCUACUCCCUUUAGGUUGAAAAGAAAGGAGGUGUCAUAUCAACAAAAGGCCAUAUGCAGUUUGUUCUUGUGACACAAGGAGGCUCCUUAACUGUCAUUCUCUUUGCCAAGAGAUGUAGAAGAGGAAUGUUGUAUCUUGUCUACAGAAACAGGUGUUGUCAGUGUUUGGAUGUGGAGCUGAUGGAGUGGGAUAAAGGGCCAGGCCCUCUAGCACCAGCAGUUUCCCUGAGGUGAGAUGCCAGCCAGCUAGCCAUGGAGGUGUGGGAUCAGGGGAGAGCUCAGCACAAAACGGAAUGUGGAAAAUCGGUAAAAUGAAAAAACAAAGUACUAUCUUAUAUUUUCUUUACUUCCCCUGAGCCAACUGUACCUUCCCAGUUGUCUGUCCUGAGGUUUUCAGAGGCCACAACAGUGAUGUGUCUUCCCUUCUUUGUUCUGCCGGUACUUAUUAAAAUUAUUUGGUGUUUCUGUAGAUACAUUUUUAAUAUAUAAUCUUUAUAUAAAAGACAGCUGUGAAAUGGAAGAUCCUGAGGAGUUAGGAUUUAAGGAGAAGUCCAUGGUUUUUUGCAGUUGAGUUGCUUUGUGGAUUGCAUCUUGGCUGACUGAUUGAUAGGGUAUCUUGAGCAACAGUAUUCUGAGGAACUUAUCUCUCCUUUGUUCUUUUCUCACUUCAAAAACAAAGUUGGCCUUUUGUUGUUCUUCUUCAUUCUGCUGUUGAUUUGCAGUUUUUGUAGGAACCAUCCAAAUUAAAUGCUGUGAGUGAAUGACAACAUGUCCCAUGGAGCCUAGUACCACACAUCUGUAGUCCUAGCUACUCAGAAGGCUGAGGCAGGAGGAUCACUUGAGCCCAGGAAUUUGGGGACAGCCUGGGCAACAUAGUAAGACCCUAUCUCAAAAAAAAAGUUCAAAAAAAAAGUGCCAAUGUGAUUAGCCAUCUAGCACUAAUAAAUAUCUGCCACGUCUCUUUCCUGCCACCCAGUAAUGUCAGCUGAGCCUCUCAAUGUCUGCUCUCUCCAUUCCUUAUGGAAGGGCACCUGUGUCAAACCCACCUACCACCUCCAGCAGUCAGUUCUUUCCAUCCCACAGUUCCAGUCCCAUUUUAAGAUGCCCUACCAGUCACAUACAGUAAAAGAUACAACCUCACAGCCUUUUUAAAAAGUUUUAGGCUGGGUGUGGUGGCACAUGCCUGUAAUCCAAGCAUUUGAAAGGCUGAGGCAAGAGGAUCCCCAUGAGUUUAAGCCCAGCCUGAACUACAUAGUGAGACCUUGUCUCAAAACCAAAACAAACUCAAAAAAAGGUAUUUUUAAUAUCUACAUUGCCCAGGUUCACUGGGUGUUUCAGUCUUCUGACCCAGGUUGGAGUUUUGCUGAAUCUGUAACAUCCUAAGUAGCUCACUAAUUUUAACUACGUUAGUUGAAUACAGUUGAUACAUCUGUGGCCUCAUUUCUGUAAAGAGCACACUAGAUUGCACCAAGCACUGUCAGGAUAUGACAUGCAAACAUAGAUGUAAAUAACUAUUAACAUGAAAGUUUAAGAUGUAUGACUGUAAUAUUUCUAAUAAAUAUAUUUUGUUUCUGUCUGAUUA